AUGCAAAAAUCACUUUACUACGACAACUCGGAGUCUUUUGGAGGCUGUGAUUUCCAAGACUCAAAUGGUAUGGACUACCUUGGGCAACAGACAUACACAAGUGAAAAUGACUACCAGCCUCCUUUCUGCCUUCAGUCAGACUCCACCACUGCUGCCACCACCCAGAAAGGUGAGCUCUCCAUCAAAGAUAUCAGUUUCCCCUUAGCUAAUGUCUCAGAACAAGCCCAUCGACCCAAGUCACCGAGCUCAGCCUCCCCAAUGCCAAAAUCAACGGAGACACAGAGUAGCCCAACCAAAGAGGGCACUGGACCAAACUCUGCUGAUGCCAUCGGCACCAAAAAGAGCAGCAAGGCCAACAACUUACCCAAACAGAUAUUCCCCUGGAUGAAGGAAACUCGUCAGCAUUCUAAGCAGAAGAAGACCGUCCCUCCCCCUGCAGAAGAUGACAGCUCCCUGGACAACAGUUUCUUGAGCUCAGCAUCCAAGAGGGCAAGGACUGCCUACACCAACUCUCAACUGGUGGAACUAGAGAAGGAAUUCCACUUUAAUCGCUAUCUUUGUCGCCCACGAAGGUUGGAGAUGGCCAAACUACUUAAUUUAUCGGAGAGACAAAUUAAAAUCUGGUUCCAAAACAGGAGAAUGAAAUUCAAGAAAGAUCACAAGGGGAAAGGAAGUGUCUCUCCUGGGGGGCAGUCUCCCAGCACUAGCCCCUCUAUAAUCUCAUAUUCCAACACUCUGCCUUUAGAUGACGAAUCUGGCUAUGACGUGCCAAUGGCCAAUGCAUACAGCAAGAACCCAGGGAACAUGUAUGGCUUAACUGCUUACUCAGCACCUCUGUAUGAGAACCCACAGGCCCCAAAACGAUAUGGUACUCAGUCCCUUGCCUCUGAGUACCAUGAUCACCCAGCUAUGCAUGGAGAAGAUAACUAUGACCCCCCUGGAAUGCAAGGAACCCAGAGUUACAUUGGAGGAAAUUACCUGGAAAAUGGAUCUGGAAACUGCUCCAUUUUCAACCUCCCCCAUCCUUCUUCAGAUAGCAUGGACUACAGCUGUGCAGCACAGAUCCCUAGCAAACACCAUCUUGGGCCAUGUGACCCCCAUCCCACAUACACAGACUUAAACAUUCAUCCUGUGCCUCAGGGGUGUUCUCAGGAGCCCCCUGUGCUGACACAUCUGUAGAACUGUCUUCCCUUUGAAACACCAGGGUAAUUUGCUCAGUCCCAUUAUGUCAUUAAAAAAAUGAAAUCUCUGACCAUGUAAAUCCAUACUAGCCUUACCCCCUACAUUUCAUAUGUAAUUUAUUGAGCUAUGCACAAUACACUACUAUGCAUGGAUCACGCAAAGCAAUUUCACAUAAGCAACCAAUUAAACCAAUUUCCAGAGAAAAUGCCCCAUAUCCUCAAUAGCCUCUACUUUUAUUCCUGUCAUAAAAAUAUCAGGGUAUUUUAGAACGAAAUACAAACCUUUGUGGUUAAAUGUUAUUAACCUUCUUUGCUCCCCCCAUGAAACCCCUUUCUAUACUGAACCGUAUUUAUGUACAAAACCAAAAAACGAUUUACAUUUUUUGGAAACGUCUCGAUUUUACUCUUUUAGUCCAGAAAAAAAUGAAUCCUAUAUUUAUAUUUGUUGGGUCGACUCAGUUAAAAUAUGUUGAUUAUAUUUGUCGAUUUCUUCGAUACUUCUGGUUUUCUAUUUUAAUUUAUUUGUAUAGAUAUAAAGACAGAACUAUGUUGAUUUUUUUCAUUCGUUUGAAUAUUGAUCUGUUUUUUAAAGGAUGUAUCUUUAACUGCAUUUGUCUAUUAUAUAAAGUAGUCUUUGAAUUAACAAUUUGAUACAAUAAAAA